AUGUUAGCUCUGAUACUGCUGCUGGCUGCUGUAUCAUGUGUGUACAGUAUUGAACUCUUCCAGCCAGAAUCAAGGUCUGUGCAGCCUGGACAGUCUUUGACCAUCACCUGUCAGGUUUCUGGUUAUUCUAUGACUGAUGACAGCUAUGCAACAGGUUGGAUCAGACAGUGUGAAGGAAAAGCAUUGGACUGGAUUUCUCAUCAGUGGGGUACUAGUGGUCUUCUGCAAAAUGAUGCUUUAAAGAACAAGUUCAGCUACAACAUAGAAACUUCUGCUAGAACAGUGACACUAACAGGACAGAAUCUGCAGGUCGAAGACACAGCUGUUUAUUACUGUGUUCGAAGAAAGGGAUCCACAAACUGGGAUGCUUUUGACUACUGGGGAAAAGGCACAAUGGUCACCGUCACGUCAGCCACUUCAACUGCACCCACUGUGUUUCCUCUGGUACCAUGUGGUUCUGAAAGUGGGAAUAUGAUCACUCUUGGCUGCCUUGCCACCGGCUUUAACCCUCCUGCGGUGACUUUCUCGUGGACAAAAGGCAGCACUGCCUUGACAGACUUCAUCCAGUACCCUGCAGUACAGAAAGGCAAUGUUUAUACUGGAGUCAGUCAAGUCAGAGUGAGGAGACAGGACUGGGAUGCACGACAGAAUUUUCAAUGUGCUGUGAAUCACGCUGCUGGAAAUCGACAGGCUCCUAUCACAAAACCACUGGUGUUUGAGCAGAAUCCAACUCUUAAAGUGAUUUCCUCUCCUGAUGAGCACGGUACCUAUUCUGCCUCCUGCUUUGCCAAAGAGUUUGCACCAAAGAAACAUGACAUCAAAUGGCUGAAAAAUGGAGCAGAAAUCACCAGCAAAAUAGAUCUGAUCAGUACAGUUACUGAAUCAACAAAGGCAGAUGGAAAGAAAGUGUACAACGCAGCAAGUUUUCUGACAGUAAAUUCCAAUGAUGUGAAUGAAGAUACUGAAUUGACUUGUGUGUUUACGGGAGGCCAAAGUGGAUCUUUGAAUAAAAGUGACAGAGAUGACACACAAGUGGCGUUUAAGCAGAAUCCAACUCUUAAAGUUAUUACCUCUCCUGAUGAGCACGGUACCUAUUCUGCCUCCUGCUUUGCCAAAGAGUUUGCACCAAAGAAACAUGACAUCAAAUGGCUGAAAAAUGGAGCAGAAAUCACCAGCAAAAUAGAUCUGAUCAGUACAGUUACUGAAUCAACAAAGGCAGAUGGAAAGAAAGUGUACAACGCAGCAAGUUUUCUGACAGUAAAUUCCAAUGAUGUGAAUGAAGAUACUGAAUUCACUUGUGUGUUUACGGGAGGCCAAAGUGGAUCUUUGAAUAAAAGUGACACAGACAACACACAAGUGGCGUUUAAGCAGAAUCCAACUCUUAAAGUUAUUACCUCUCCUGAUGAGCACGGUACCUAUUCUGCCUCCUGCUUUGCCAAAGAGUUUGCACCAAAGAAACAUGACAUCAAAUGGCUGAAAAAUGGAGCAGAAAUCACCAGCAAAAUAGAUCUGAUCAGUACAGUUACUGAAUCAACAAAGGCAGAUGGAAAGAAAGUGUACAACGCAGCAAGUUUUCUGACAGUAAAUUCCAAUGAUGUGAAUGAAGAUACUGAAUUGACUUGUGUAUUUACGGGAGGCCAAAGUGGAUCUUUGAAUAAAAGUGACAGAGAUGACACACAAGUGGCGUUUAAGCAGAAUCCAACUCUUAAAGUUAUUACCUCUCCUGAUGAGCACGGUACCUAUUCUGCCUCCUGCUUUGCCAAAGAGUUUGCACCAAAGAAACAUGACAUCAAAUGGCUGAAAAAUGGAGCAGAAAUCACCAGCAAAAUAGAUCUGAUCAGUACAGUUACUGAAUCAACAAAGGCAGAUGGAAAGAAAGUGUACAACGCAGCAAGUUUUCUGACAGUAAAUUCCAAUGAUGUGAAUGAAGAUACUGAGUUCACUUGUGUGUUUACGGGAGGCCAAAGUGGAUCUUUGAAUAAAAGUGACACAGACAACACACAAGUGGCGUUUAAGCAGAAUCCAACUCUUAAAGUGAUUUCCUCUCCUGAUGAGCACGGUACCUAUUCUGCCUCCUGCUUUGCCAAAGAGUUUGCACCAAAGAAACAUGAGAUCAAAUGGCUGAAAAAUGGAGCAGAAAUCACCAGCAAAAUAGAUCUGAUCAGUACAGUUUCUGAAUCAACAAAGGCAGAUGGAAAGAAAGUGUACAACGCAGCAAGUUUUCUGACAGUAAAUUCCAGUGAUUUGAAUGAAGAUUCUGUAUUUAUGUGUAUAUUUACGGGAGGUCAAAGUGCAUCUUUGAAUAAAACUGACAGAGACAACACACUGGAUGUUUCCACAACUUCCGAUCCGAAAAACAAUCCAACAGUGGCAGUCCACAUCCUCCCACAGCAGCACACUGACCCAUAUAAGCCUGAAGAUGAAAUCACUCUGGUGUGUCUGGUCACCAGUGCUGUGAAUAAGAUGUAUAAAAUCGAAUGGACAGAAAUGACUGGAAGUAAACGUUAUUUCACAGGCACCAACGUCCCUGCACAGCAGAGCAAAAAUGACAAGAAAUGGCGAAGCAUGAGUCUUUACACCACCAGUAAGGCAAACUGGUACAAGAAAGAUCCAACCACAAUGUUCACCUGCCAUGUCCAAUCUGAAAAUAUUCACAAAUCAGUGUCCAGCGCCAUUGAUAAAUCCGAUGAUCUUUGUGAUCUGAGUUGGGACAAUAUCACCGCUGAAGAGGAUUUUAGCAGCCUGUGGUCCACAGCUUCCUCCUUCAUGUUCCUCUUCAUAUUCUCUCUCUUCUAUGGCAUAAUUAUCAGCCUUCUUAAGAUAAAGAGAUGAUAACAAAUUGGAUGGAAUGGGUGCGCUUCAUUUCUAAUCUGUUUUUAAAAUCUAUUUUUCAUUUUCUUUUUAUGCACAUAAUCAUUUAUUUGUUAUGUUUAAUGUCUGACAUAUAUAAAUACCCAAUUAAGA